AUGGCGCACUGCCAUACCCCACCUCAUCCAGGCACCGCCACACUCACCUCAUCCAGGCACCGCCACACCCCACCUCAUCCAGGCACUGCCAUACCCCACCUCAUCCAGGCACCGCCACACUCACCUCAUCCAGGCACCGCCACACCCCACCUCAUCCAGGCACCGCCACACUCACCUCAUCCAGGCACCGCCACACCCCACCUCAUCCAGGCACCGCCACACCCCACCUCAUCCAGGCACCGCCACACCCCACCUCAUCCAGGCACCGCCACACCCCACCUCAUCCAGGCACCGCCACACCCCACCUCAUCCAGGCACCGCCACACCCCACCUCAUUCAGGUACCCUCAUACCCCACCUCAUCCAGGCACCGCCACACCUCACCUCAUCCAGGCACCGCCACACCUCACCUCAUCCAGGCACCGCCAUACAGGCACUUCUACAGCCCGCCCCAUCCAGGCACACCAGGAAAACAAAGAAGUGUUGA